CGGGCGGGGGCGGCCUGGGCUCCCGCUUCCGGUGUGGUGUCAUGGCGGGCCCUGGGCGCUGAUGGCUGCGGGGAGCUGAGGGCCCCGGAGCGCGCCAGGGAUACGGAGACCCUCCCCUCGCCCGGCGCCUCUCCUGCCGCCCUCCCUGCGGGGAUCCGCCCCCCUCCCUGGCCGGGCAGGCCGGGGGGGACAUGGCGGCCCACAAGCCGGUGGAGUGGGUGCAGGCCGUGGUGAACCGCUUCGAUGAGCAGCUUCCCAUAAAGGCUGGCCAGCAGAACACCCACACCAAAGUCAGCACAGAGCACAACAAGGAAUGUCUCAUCAACAUUUCCAAGUACAAGUUCUCCCUGGUCAUCAGUGGCCUCACUAACAUCUUAAAAAAUGUUAAUAACAUGAGAAUAUUUGGAGAAACUGCUGAAAAGAAUUUGUACCUAUCUCAGCUGAUUAUCUUGGAUACACUGGAAAAAUGCCUGGCAGGGCAACCCAAGGAUACCAUGCGACUAGACGAGACCAUGCUGGUGAAACAGCUGCUGCCGGAGAUCUGCCACUUCAUCCACACCUACCGCGAGGGCAACCAGCACGCGGCCGAGCUGCGCAGCUCCGCCUCUGGGGUCCUCUUCUCCCUGAGCUGCAACAACUUCAACGCCGUCUUCAGCCGCAUCUCCACCAGGUUGCAGGAGCUGACUGUUUGCUCAGAAGAUAAUGCUGAUGUCCAUGAUAUUGAGCUUUUGCAGUACAUCAGUGUGGAUUGUUCCAAGCUAAAGCGACUCCUGCAAGAGACUGUAUUCAAGUUCAAAGCCCUUAAGAAAGUAGCUCAGUUAGCUGUUAUCAACAGUCUUGAAAAGGCCUUUUGGAACUGGGUGGAAAACUAUCCUGAUGAAUUCACAAAGCUCUAUCAAACCCCACAGACUGAUAUGGCUGAUUGUGCUGAGAAGUUGUUUGACUUAGUGGAUGGCUUUGCUGAAAGCACAAAACGUAAGGCAGCAGUCUGGCCGCUGCAAAUCAUCCUCCUGGUCCUGUGCCCAGAGAUAAUCCAAGAUAUAGCAAAGGAUGUGGUAGAGGAAACAAAAAUGAACAAGAAACUGUUCCUGGACAAUCUCAGGAAGGCUCUUGCAGGCCACGGUGGGAGCAGACAGCUGACCGAAAGUGCUGCUAUUGCUUGUGUGAAACUGUGCAAAGCAUCUACCUACAUCAACUGGGAAGAUAACUCUGUCAUUUUCCUUCUGGUGCAGUCCAUGGUAGUAGAUCUUAAGAAUUUGCUGUUUAAUCCAAGCAAACCUUUUUCAAGAGGCAAUCAAAAUGCAGAUGUUGACCUUAUGAUUGACUGCUUAGUUUCCUGCUUCCGCAUAAACCCUCACAAUAACCAACACUUCAAGAUCUGCCUGGCACAGAAUUCCCCAUCAACAUUUCAUUAUGUGCUGGUAAAUUCGCUCCACCGAAUAAUCACAAAUUCGGCACUGGAUUGGUGGCCCAAGAUUGAUGCAGUUUACUGCCACUCCAUGGAGCUGCGCAGCAUGUUCAGCGAGACCCUGCACAAAGCCAUCCAGGGCUGCGGGGCUCACCCAGCCAUCCGCAUGACUCCGAGUCUUACAUUUAAGGAGAAAAUGACAAGCCUUAAAUUUAAAGAGAAACCUACUGAUUUGGAAACCAGAAGCUACAAGUUCUUGCUGUUGUCCCUGGUGAAGCUGAUCCAUGCUGAUCCAAAGCUUCUGCUGUGUAAUCCCAGGAAGCAAGGGCCUGAGACCCAAGGCAGCACGGCUGAGCUGAUUACAGGCCUCGUCCAGCUCGUUCCCCAGUCCAGCAUGCCAGACAUAGCACAGGAAGCCAUGGAGGCCUUGCUAGUUCUUCACCAGUUAGACAGCAUUGACUUGUGGAAUCCUGAUGCACCUAUAGAAACCUUCUGGGAAAUUAGUUCACAAAUGCUUUUUUAUAUCUGCAAGAAACUCACUAGUCAUCAGAUGCUCAGCAGUACAGAGAUCCUCAAGUGGCUGCGAGAGAUUCUCAUCUGUAGGAAUAAAUUUCUUCUGAAAAACAAACAAUCAGACAGGAGUUCCUGCCACUUCCUCUUCCUUUAUGAUGUCUCUGGAGGUGGAACCAGUCAGAUUUCUCUCGACCAUGAAGAGAUGAUCCGCUGUGCUCCAGGAGCUACCCUCAGGAAAGGGAAAGGGAAUUCUUCCAUGGAGAGCACAGCAGGGUGCAGCGGGACACCCAUUUGCCGCCAAGCGCAGACUAAGCUGGAGGUUGCCCUGUACAUGUUUCUGUGGAGCCCAGACAUCGAGGCGGUGCUGGUGGCCAUGUCCUGUUUCCGUCACCUCUGCGAGGAGGCAGAUAUCAGAUGUGGAGUUGAUGAAGUCUCAGUGCAUAACUUUUUGCCAAACUACAACACUUUCAUGGAGUUUGCCUCUGUGAGCAAUAUGAUGUCAACAGGGAGAGCAGCUCUUCAGAAGAGAGUGAUGGCCUUGCUGAGGCGCAUUGAGCACCCAACUGCAGGCAACACAGAGGCCUGGGAGGAUACACAUGCAAAAUGGGAACAAGCUACAAAACUGAUCCUUAACUAUCCAAAGACCAAAAUGGAAGAUGGGCAGGUUACUGAAAGCCUUCACAAGACAAUAGUUAAGAGAAGGAUGUCCCACGUCAGCGGGGGAGGCUCCAUCGACUUGUCUGACACAGACUCCCUUCAGGAGUGGAUCAACAUGACAGGGUUCCUGUGUGCCCUGGGAGGGGUGUGCCUGCAGCACCGCAGCAACGCAGGGCUGGCGACCUACAGCCCCCCCAUGGGCCCGGUCAGCGAGCGCAAGGGCUCCAUGAUCUCCAUGGUGUCCACGGAGGGGAACGCGGAGACCCCUGUCAGCAAGUUCAUCGAUCGCCUGCUCACCCUCAUGGUCUGCAACCACGAGAAAGUGGGCCUGCAGAUAAGGACUAACAUCAAAGACCUGGUGGGCUUGGAGCUGAGCCCAGCACUGUAUCCAAUGCUCUUUAACAAGCUGAAGAACACCAUCAGCAAGUUUUUUGAUUCUCAAGGACAGGUUUUGUUAACUGAGACCAACACCCAGUUUGUAGAGCAAACCAUUGCUAUAAUGAAGAAUUUGCUUGACAAUCAUACAGAAGGGAGCUCAGAACACCUUGGACAAGCUAGUAUUGAGACAAUGAUGUUAAAUCUGGUUAGGUAUGUGCGUGUGCUUGGGAAUCUGGUCCAUGCCAUUCAAAUCAAAACUAAGCUCUGUCAGUUAGUGGAAGUAAUGAUGGAGAGGAGAGAUGACCUUUCAUUUUGCCAAGAAAUGAAGUUCAGGAACAAAAUGGUGGAGUACUUGACAGACUGGGUUAUGGGAACAUCUAACCAAGCAACAGAUGAGGAUGUGAAAUGCUUGACAAGAGAUUUGGACCAAGCAAGCAUGGAAGCAGUGGUCUCUCUCCUUGCUGGCCUCCCACUGCAGCCUGAAGAAGGAGAUGGUGUUGAGCUGAUGGAAGCAAAAUCUCAGCUAUUUCUUAAGUAUUUCACCCUGUUUAUGAACCUCCUCAACGACUGCAGUGAAGUUGAGGACGAAAGUGCCCAAACGGGCGGCAGGAAGCGGGGGAUGUCUCGCCGGCUGGCUUCGCUUCGGCACUGCACCGUGCUCGCCAUGUCCAACCUGCUCAACGCCAACGUGGACAGCGGCCUGAUGCACUCCAUAGGCUUGGGCUAUCAUAAAGACCUCCAAACAAGAGCUACGUUUAUGGAAGUCCUCACCAAAAUUCUGCAGCAGGGGACAGAAUUUGAUACCUUAGCAGAAACAGUGCUAGCAGAUCGGUUUGAGAGAUUGGUGGAGUUGGUUACAAUGAUGGGUGAUCAGGGGGAGCUUCCUAUUGCUAUGGCUUUAGCCAAUGUGGUGCCUUGCUCUCAGUGGGAUGAGCUAGCUCGUGUCCUGGUCACACUCUUUGAUUCCCGGCACUUGCUCUACCAGCUGCUCUGGAAUAUGUUUUCCAAAGAAGUUGAACUGGCAGAUUCCAUGCAGACUCUCUUCAGAGGGAACAGCCUAGCCAGUAAAAUAAUGACUUUCUGUUUUAAGGUAUAUGGUGCUACCUAUUUGCAGAAGCUCUUGGAGCCUUUGUUAAGGACUGUGAUCACAUCCUCUGAAUGGCAGCACGUCAGCUUUGAGGUGGAUCCAACAAGGCUGGAGCCCACUGAAAGCCUUGAGGAGAACCAGAGGAGUCUCUUGCAAAUGACAGAAAAGUUUUUUCAUGCAAUCAUUAAUUCUUCUCUGGAGUUCCCACCGCAGCUGCGCAGUGUGUGCCAUUGUUUAUACCAGGCAACUUGCCACUCUCUCCUGAAUAAAGCUACCGUAAAAGAAAAAAAGGAAAACAAAAAAGCAGUGGUUAGUCAGCGGUUCCCUCAGAACAGCAUCGGCGCCGUGGGGAGUGCCAUGUUCCUGCGCUUCAUCAACCCUGCCAUCGUCUCCCCCUACGAGGCAGGCAUUCUAGACAAAAAGCCUCCACCAAGGAUUGAAAGGGGAUUGAAACUGAUGUCAAAGAUCCUUCAGAGCAUUGCCAACCACGUGCUGUUCACGAAAGAGGAGCACAUGAGGCCUUUCAAUGACUUUGUGAAGAGCAAUUUCGACGCGGCACGAAGGUUUUUCCUGGACAUCGCCUCUGACUGCCCAGCCAGCGACACUGUCAACCACAGCCUGUCCUUCAUCAGCGACGGCAACGUGCUGGCUCUGCACCGCCUGCUCUGGAACAACCAGGAGAAGAUUGGCCAGUACCUGUCCAGCAACAGGGACCACAAGGCUGUUGGAAGAAGACCUUUUGACAAGAUGGCCACUCUGCUUGCCUACCUGGGCCCUCCUGAGCACAAACCUGUGGCAGAUACCCAUUGGUCCAGUUUAAACCUCACUAGUUCCAAGUUUGAAGAAUUUAUGACAAGGCACCAGGUCCAUGAAAAAGAGGAGUUCAAAGCACUGAAAACAUUAAACAUUUUCUACCAAGCUGGGACCUCCAAAGCUGGCAAUCCUGUCUUCUACUACAUUGCACGGCGAUUCAAGACUGGUCAGAUCAAUGGAGAUUUACUGAUCUACCAUGUGCUACUGACUCUGAAGCCAUACUAUGCAAAGCCAUACGAGAUCGUGGUGGACCUCACCCACGCUGGCCCCAGUAACCGCUUUAAAACAGACUUUCUUUCCAAGUGGUUUGUAGUUUUCCCAGGCUUUGCUUAUGAAAAUGUCUCAGCAGUUUUUAUCUAUAACUGUAACUCUUGGGUCAGAGAAUACACCAAAUACCAUGAAAGGCUCUUGACAGGUUUGAAAGGCAGCAAAAGGCUUAUUUUCAUAGACUCUCCAGGGAAACUGGCAGAGCACAUCGAACACGACCAGCAGAAACUCCCAGCAGCUACCUUGGCUUUGGAGGAAGACUUGAAAGUGUUUCACAAUGCUCUCAAGCUGGCUCACAAAGACACCAAAGUGUCUAUUAAAGUUGGGUCGACAGCUGUGCAGGUGACAUCAGCAGAACGAACCAGAGUGCUGGGGCAGACGGUGUUCCUGAACGACAUCUACUACGCCUCUGAGAUCGAGGAGAUCUGCCUGGUUGAUGAGAACCAGUUCACCUUAACCAUUGCCAACCAAGGCACCCCACUCACCUUCAUGCACCAGGAGUGCGAGGCCAUCGUGAGGUCCAUCAUUCACAUACGGACGCGGUGGGAGCUGUCGCAGCCAGACUCCAUCCCCCAGCACACCAAAAUCCGUCCCAAGGACGUCCCUGGGACGCUGCUGAACAUUGCGCUGCUCAACCUGGGAAGCUCAGACCCCAGCCUGCGGUCUGCCGCCUAUAAUCUCCUAUGUGCCUUAACCUGUACCUUUAAUCUAAAGAUUGAGGGCCAGUUACUGGAAACUUCAGGUCUCUGUAUUCCUGCCAACAACACUCUGUUUAUUGUGUCCAUCAGUAAGACUCUUGCAGCUAACGAACCACACCUCACCUUGGAGUUCUUGGAAGAGUGCAUUUCUGGAUUUAGCAAAUCUAGUAUUGAGCUGAAGCACCUCUGUCUGGAGUAUAUGACCCCCUGGCUGUCCAACCUGGUCCGGUUCUGCAAGCACAACGACGACGCAAAGCGGCAGCGGGUCACAGCUAUCCUCGAUAAGCUGAUCACCAUGACAAUUAAUGAGAAGCAGAUGUAUCCUUCCAUCCAGGCAAAGAUCUGGGGAAGUCUUGGACAGAUAACAGAUCUGCUUGAUGUAGUGCUGGACAGUUUCAUCAAAACCAGUGCCACAGGGGGCUUAGGAUCCAUAAAAGCUGAGGUUAUGGCAGACACAGCUGUAGCACUUGCUUCUGGAAAUGUGAAGCUGGUUUCAAGCAAAGUGAUUGGGAGGAUGUGUAAAAUAAUCGACAAGACCUGUCUGUCUCCCACUCCCACCCUGGAGCAGCACCUGAUGUGGGAUGACAUUGCUAUACUAGCACGCUACAUGCUGAUGCUCUCCUUCAACAACUCUCUGGAUGUGGCAGCACAUCUCCCCUACCUCUUCCACGUGGUAACUUUACUGGUGGCCACUGGUCCCCUUUCUCUCAGAGCUUCCACUCACGGUCUCGUCAUCAACAUCAUUCACUCUCUUUGCACUUGUUCGCAGCUCCACUUCAGCGAGGAGACCAAGCAAGUUUUAAGGCUGAGCUUGACUGAGUUCUCUCUGCCCAAGUUUUAUUUGCUGUUUGGAAUCAGCAAAGUGAAGUCAGCCGCAGUCAUUGCCUUCCGAUCCAGCUACCGUGACAGGUCCUUCUCCCCUGGCUCCUAUGAGAGGGAGACUUUUGCACUGACUUCCUUGGAAACUGUCACUGAGGCUUUGUUGGAGAUCAUGGAGGCCUGUAUGAGGGAUAUUCCCACGUGCAAGUGGCUGGACCAGUGGACUGAACUAGCUCAAAAGUUUGCAUUCCAGUACAACCCCUCCCUGCAGCCCAGAGCCCUGGUGGUCUUUGGCUGCAUAAGCAAACGAGUCUCCCAUGGACAAAUCAAACAGAUCAUCCGAAUCCUCAGCAAGGGACUUGAGAGCUGUUUAAAAGGCCCUGAUAAUUACAACAGCCAAGUUCUAAUAGAAGCUACAGUUAUAGCACUCACCAAGCUGCAGCCUCUUCUUAAUAAGGACUCCCCUAUGCACAAGGCUCUCUUUUGGGUAGCGAUGGCAGUGCUGCAGCUGGAUGAGGUGAACUUGUACUCAGCAGGCACAGCACUGCUGGAGCAGAAUCUGCACACCUUGGACAGCCUGAGGGUCUUCAAUGACAAGAGCCCAGAAGAGGUGUUCAUGGAGAUCAGGAGACCACUGGAAUGGCACUGCAAGCAGAUGGAUCAUUUUGUUGGGCUAAACUUCAACUCUAACUUUAACUUUGCACUAGUGGGACACCUCCUGAAAGGGUACAGGCAUCCUUCUCCUACCACUGUAGCAAGAACAGUGAGGAUUUUACAUACACUACUGGCUCUGGUUAACAAACACAGGAACUGUGACAAGUUUGAGGUGAACACCCAGAGCGUGGCUUACCUGGCAGCUCUGCUGACAGUGUCUGAGGAAGUCCGAAGCCGCUGCAGCCUGAAGCACAGGAAGUCUCUCUUGCUGACAGAUGUUUCAGUGGAGAAUGUUCCUAUGGAUACAUAUCCCAUCCAUCACAGUGACACUAGCUAUAGGACACUAAAGGAAAACCAACCCUGGUCAUCACCAAAGGGGUCAGACAGACUGGCUGCCAGUUACCCGACAGUGGGACAGAUAAGCCCUCGAACACGAAAAUCCAUGAGUUUGGAUAUGGGGCAGCCUUCACAAGCCAACACUAAAAAGCUUCUAGGUACAAGGAAAAGUUUUGACCAUUUGAUAUCGGACACAAAGGCUCCUAAAAGGCAAGACAUGGAAUCUGGAAUCACAACGCCUCCCAAAAUGAGGAGAGUAGCCGAAAAUGAUUAUGAAAUGGAAACCCAGAGGAUAUCGCCGCAGCAGCACCCACACCUCCGGAAGGUUUCUGUUUCUGAGUCAAAUGUCCUCCUGGACGAAGAAGUUCUGACUGACCCCAAAAUUCAAGCACUGCUGCUUACAGUUCUUGCGACCUUAGUGAAGUACACUACAGACGAGUUCGACCAGAGGAUCCUCUAUGAGUACUUAGCAGAAGCCAGUGUUGUCUUCCCAAAGGUCUUUCCUGUUGUGCAUAACUUAUUGGAUUCCAAGAUCAAUACCCUCUUGUCGCUGUGCCAGGAUCCCAAUCUGCUGAAUCCGAUCCAUGGGAUUGUGCAGAGCGUUGUCUACCACGAGGAGUCUCCACCCCAGUACCAAACUUCUUACCUGCAGAGUUUUGGAUUUAAUGGGCUGUGGAGGUUUGCUGGCCCAUUUUCAAAGCAAACCCAAAUCCCAGACUAUGCUGAGCUCAUAGUGAAGUUCCUUGAUGCCUUGAUUGACACAUAUUUGCCUGGAAUCGAUGAGGAGACCAGUGAAGAAUCUCUGCUGACUCCCACAUCUCCAUACCCUCCUGCAGUGCAGAGCCAGCUCAGCAUUACUGCUAACCUUAACCUCUCCAAUUCCAUGACCUCGCUUGCAACCUCCCAGCACUCCCCAGGGAUCGACAAGGAGAACGUGGAGCUCUCGCCCACGGCCGGACACUCCAACAGCGGGAGGAUGCGGCACGGCUCCGCCAGCCAGGUGCAGAAGCAGCGCAGUGCCGGCAGCUUCAAGCGCCACAGCAUCAAGAAGAUCGUCUGAGUGCUGCCAAGGCGCCGCAGCUCUGGGCUCUUCGCUUUGGAAAACGACUGACACCCGCGGGCGCCUCCCCGAGGGCCUCCACCGGUUGUGAUGCUGCACUUAAAUUUUUAACCUUCCCAUCCCGCCAGCCGUUGUUGCCAGAUGAUCAACUCUUGAGACAUUGCCUGAGUUCUAAUGCCUUCGUUUCUCCCCUUCCCUUGUUGGUUUCAGCCACUCUUUCCGAGCCGCUCGUGUAGGUCCUGCUGGAGCCGCGGAGGUCUCCAGCGCCGCAGAACGCAUCCUGGCCAGAUCCGAAAGCCAUUGCCCAUAGCCAGCCCCACCCUGCUUCUCCUGUCUGCCUUCUCUGUCCCUGCUCUAAAGGAAAGGGUUCAUCCUUAACCCUCUUUGCACACGUCUCAAGGUGGUGGCUGUACAAGCCAGGGGAAGUUGCUCUAAUCCUGGUUUUAAUCCAAACCUGUAAGAUUUUUAGCUGUGGACUUUUUUUUACCGUAGUUGGGACAGCCACAGUGCAGUGAGCUUAGCCAGGAGGGCGUGAUUAGGUUAAAUGUCUAGUAAUUAGCAAUAAAUUGGAGAGGACAAGGAGGCUGCAUGAGUCUCUCUCAUUCCCCAGACCCUAGCUUCACGUCCUUGGACUGUGUAUGCACCAGACUGGACAAGCUGGGGUGUUCCAAAGCCAGUUCUGUUUCGCUGUACUUUGACUGCACUAAAAAGGUUUGGUGGAGAGGGAACCCUGAGAGCUGACUCCUGCACUGCCGCUGCAGCAGUGUCCAGAGUCACUGCUCCUUUCUUCCCUUCACCAUUUCCUUUAGUUUUGCCCUUCCCAACAACUUGCCUCACUGAGCAUUCCUGGCAGAGCACCCAGCAGGGUAUGGAGGGGAGAAAUUCCCUGGGUGCAUGAACUGCCUGCUGGGAGGUGGCGUCUGGCAGAGCUGCUUUUGUGCCGCCCCAGCAGCGCUGCCCGACCAGCAGCGCUUCCCAAGGUACCGUGAACUGAGAGAACUGACGCUGGGGGAGUGCUGCUGGGGCAGCCAGGCCUGUCCCUGGGGCUGGAGGGGGUCACACCAACUGAAGUUGCUGUCACUGUGAAAGCCUGGCCAGGGCUGCGCUGCUGCCGGCUCCCAGCUGCCUGCUGGAGCUCGGAGGCCAGCAGAGAUCCUGGGCCUCUCGCCCGGGUGCUCCUGAGGGGGCUGCUGUCAGACAGCUCCACGUCCCCAGCCCGGAUCCCUCUCCUGGCUUAGAAAUCAGCAGCCUCUAGGUGGCUGUAAGGACAAAGCAGUGCACCACCCUCCCCAGCAGAACGGUGCAGUGCCCUUAGUGGCUGUCAGUAAAUCAAACUCCACAGCUAAAUGAUUCGAGAAUGGUACCAUGGAGAGUCCAGGUUUGAUGGCUGUAGAGCAGCAUUCCCAUCUGUCCACACAGUAACAAUGUAACAUGGAUGUAAAUAAAAAUACCUUUAUUGUAUUGAUUCAUAGAAUAACCAUUUAAUUUCCUUUAAUUUGUUUACAGUCCUGGAAAAAACUAUGAACACAAACUGAAUAUGCAAAGAGUUUGCCAAAAGGAGAGGAAACCUUAGAAGGAGGAGUCCUGAACCAGAGGCACUGGAAAACACAAAGCCUCCUGCAGCCAACCAAGCCUUUCCCUUCUUGGUGUGCAGGGGCUGCAGUGGCAGUGUGCUUCCUGAGGUGACACAGAGCUAGGGGAGGGCUGGGCAGGGCUGUGUGUAGGAAUGGAGCUGCUGUGUGUGUCAGACUGGGAGUCACUGGUGAAAGCUGUUCUCACCUCACAGACCACCACAGGCCACCCUUGGCAUCGCUGCCAGCCCACACCAGGCUGUACUGAGCCCAGCCAGGCCCUGCCCUUCCUGUUUUGAAGACAAUGAAUUGUGGAAACCUGCAGGUUUGCAGGCAGGAAGGAAAAAGAUCCUUGUGGAGCUAAUUUGCUGUUAGAAGAACCUGGGCUGCAGCUGUUCCUCUGGGAGCAGGUUUUGUUUAACCAGAAAGGGUGAUUGGAGCUGCACUGCCCCGGGGGGCCCUGGGCAGGGUCUGUCAGUGUUGUGUUGCCAGUGUAAAACCAACCUCCCUCCAUCAGAACUGGUGCAUCCUUGAGUGUGAAACCAGGCUGGACAGGGAUUGAAAUCGCCCUCCCUGAGAGCACCAGGGCUACUCCACUUCUGCAGCUACUCAGUCCCACCUGAAACAAUUUGUGGCACUUUCACAA